AAAAAUGGAGACUCUUGUUUGGGAGUGCGGCUAACCGCCGGGGAUCUCCAAGAUGCUUUGCAUUGAAUGCAGCUUGAAAUCGGAACGCUGGAGUAACAGCGACGUUCCAAGGCAUUCCCCAUGACCAACGCCAAGUGGAAGCGUCGCCCCGAGCCGUCUCCGAGCAGCUGACCCCGUGACGGUAUAUGAUGGCGGCAUACUGGAUCUUACGCUGCGGGCUGCUCCUUGCGCUGGCGGGGCGCGUCAUGGCGCACAGUCUGUUUGCCUGCGAACCCAUAACGCUGAGAAUGUGCCAAGACCUGCCGUACAACUCCACGUUCAUGCCCAACCUUCUCAACCACUACGACCAGCAGACCGCGGCCCUCGCCAUGGAGCCCUUCCACCCCAUGGUGAAUUUGGAGUGUUCGCGGGACCUGCGGCCCUUCCUGUGCGCUCUCUACGCCCCCGUGUGCACCGAGUACGGCCGCGUCACCCUGCCGUGCCGCAAGCUGUGCCAGCGGGCCUACAAGGACUGCUCCAAGCUGAUGGACAUGUUCGGGGUGCCUUGGCCAGAAGAAAUGGAGUGCAGCCGGUUCCCUGAUUGUGAUGAGCCAUACCCACGAAUGGUUGACAUCAGCGUGUCUAAAGAACCCACGGAAGAUACCCCCCAUGGGGUACAGAGGGAUUACGGCUUCUGGUGCCCCAGAGAACUGAAAGUCGACCCCGAAUUAGGCUACUCCUUCCUGGGGGUCCGUGACUGUUCCCCACCCUGCCCGCAUAUGUACUUCCGGCGGGAAGAACUGGCUUUCGCCCGAUAUUUCAUCGGCGUGAUAUCGAUAGUCUGCCUCUCCGCCACCCUGUUUACCUUCCUUACGUUCCUCAUCGACGUGACCAGGUUCCGCUACCCCGAGAGACCCAUCAUCUUUUACGCCGUCUGCUACAUGAUGGUAUCCUUAAUCUUCUUCAUCGGCUUCCUCUUAGAAGACCGCGUGGCGUGCAACGCUUCCAGCCCGGGCCAGUACAAAGCCUCCACCGUGACCCAAGGAUCUCACAACAAGGCCUGCACCAUGCUCUUCAUGGUGCUGUAUUUCUUCACCAUGGCCGGCAGCGUUUGGUGGGUCAUCUUGACCAUCACGUGGUUCCUCGCGGCUGUUCCCAAGUGGGGAAGCGAAGCCAUUGAGAAGAAGGCCCUACUGUUUCACGCCAGCGCUUGGGGAAUCCCGGGAACCCUAACCAUCAUCCUCCUCGCCAUGAACAAGAUCGAAGGGGACAACAUAAGCGGGGUGUGCUUCGUGGGCCUCUACGACGUCAACGCCUUGAGGUACUUCGUCCUGGCGCCGCUCUGCUUGGACGUGGUGGUCGGCGUCUCGCUGCUGCUGGCCGGAAUCAUCUCCCUGAACCGCGUGCGGAUCGAAAUCCCCUUGGAGAAGGAAAACCAAGACAAGCUCGUGAAGUUCAUGAUCCGCAUCGGGGUGUUCAGCGUCCUUUACCUCGUACCCCUGCUGGUGGUGAUUGGCUGCUAUUUUUACGAGCAGGCCUACCGCGGCGUAUGGGAGACGACGUGGAUACAGGAGCGAUGCCGGGAGUAUCACAUUCCGUGCCCCUAUCAGGUGACCCAAACCAGCCGCCCCGACCUUAUUCUCUUCCUCAUGAAAUACCUCAUGGCCUUGGUGGUCGGCAUUCCUUCCGUCUUCUGGGUUGGAAGCAAGAAGACCUGCUUCGAAUGGGCCAGCUUCUUCCACGGUCGCAAGAAAAAAGAAGCCGUAAACGAAAGCAGACAGGUGCUUCAGGAACCGGAUUUCGCCCAGUCGCUCCUCCGAGAUCCAAAUACGCCCAUUAUCAGGAAAUCACGGGGAACGUCCACUCAGGGAACCUCCACUCAUGCCUCGUCCACUCAGCUGGCAAUGGUGGAUGACCAAAGGAGCAAAGCGGGCAGCGUCCACAGCAAAAUGAGCAGUUACCACGGCAGUCUCCAUCGCUCUCGGGACGGCAGGUACACGCCAUGCAGCUACCGAGGAAUCGAGGAACGCCUGCCCCACGGCAGCAUGUCCCGUCUCACCGACCACUCGAGACACAGCAGCACCCACAGACUGAAUGAGCAAUCGCGCCAGGGUAGCGUGAGAGACUUGACCAAUCCCUUGGGUCAUAUUUCACACGGAACCAGCAUGAACCGAGUCAUAGAAGAGGACGGAGCAAGCGCCUGAGGGCACGGAACGCACGUGGAACUUUUAUAGAAGAAGAAGCACUAGACGAAUAUCAGAACUGCUGGAGAACUUUGGGUGUCCCGAGUUCACGCUGGACCUUUGACCCCGGAGACAUAUAUAGCACUGACGACCGGCAUCCACAAGCCUUCCCGGAACGGCUUGUGUUAUACGCUGCUCCUUUUUGAUUCCGCCCGAGCGCGUUUAAGUUUGGAAAAGUCCAGCAAAUGAUAAAACUAAGUUGCCAUCCCAGGCGAAGAACCCCCCCCCCCAAAAAUGGGUGUUAUUUUUGCAGAUGAUUGGAAAAACGCAAUUGUAUAGAACUCUUAUUUAUAUUUGGAUACUUGAAUUAUCCUACUUGGUUUGGAGCAAAAUGGUAGUCCUAUGGACCUAGCGUAAAAAUAUUUCUCAACGCCUAUGGGCACAGCCCCGUGUGAUGUUUUCAGAUGAAUCGCCUAUAGGGACUGGACAUUGAAUACAGUAUACCAUCACCACUCGUGUCUUCGUACUGUCAUUUUGUGAACAAAUGUAAAUAUUUUGUACAUAGAGAACUCGUCGCACACACUGAUGUUUGACCUUCUGAGGCCGUCCUUGGAAUGUUGGCCGUAAACUCGAUUCGAGUGGUCGGUCAACUCAUCCUCAAAAAC